AUGAUCUUGGCUGAGGAAUUGACGCAAGAAUACGGUAUCCCCGAAGAUGCAUCCAUCAAGAUAACGGCCGUGUUUCUCAAGCAAUUCAGAAAAUGCCCGGACAACGCGACCUGCACAUUGGACGCUUGGCGCACGAUCUUGUGGAACAAGGCUCUGGGCGACAAGUACUCACACUUAGCAAAAAAAGUUUACGAACGAUGGCUGUAUUUAAGAUACCACUAUAUGAUUUUGACGCCGGGCACCGUGUCGAUGAUGCGUCAGCUCAGGAAGAAGUACACGCUAGGACUAAUCACGAACGGCCCGUCGAACGCACAAUGGGAGAAAGUGCACAAGCUGUCGCUGGAACAAUAUUUCGAUAUCAUCCUGGUGUCGGGUGAUCUUCCCUGGGAGAAGCCAGACGCCGAGAUAUUCCGAAGAGCCUGCGACUUCCUUAACGUGAGGGCCAAAGAAUGUAUCAUGGUCGGCGACAAGUUGGAAACGGAUAUUCUAGGUGGUAUCGAGGCCGGACUGGGCGGGACCGUGUGGAUACCCACCGCGGACAAGCCUCGUCUUUCGGGAGGCGAUCCCAAGCCGGAUUUUACAAUAAGACACGUGACGGAACUCGCGCGUAUAUUAGACAAAGGUCCAAACGCGCCGGAACUCGAAGACUGUUCCUCAAACGCGUCCGACGGCAGCUAA